UACGCAUGCUGUCCAAUGGAUUCCGAAACUGCAACAACCAGUAACAUAAAAGUAAACAAACGAAAGCGCAACAAUGAAAAAAAAAAGGAAAUUGAUAAAUGCAAAGAACAGAAGCCUGAUGAAGUGUGUCGAGAGAUGAGCGCACCGCCGCCGCCGCCGCCGCCGCCCCCGCCGGCGCCGGCACACGAUGACAGCUCGGCCAGCUCCACGGACAGCGACGAGCUCGUCAACGCUAUCAACUACAACACCAUCACGUCGCUGGCCGCGCUCAAGGACAUCAUCCAGGGCGAUAACAACGACACGCCCGAAACUGAUAGCUUUUUCCAGCAUUAUUUUAUGAACCAUUGUAAUAAUCUUUCCAGUUUAAAUCCGAAUUCUAGCUCCACCUUCUCUUAUGCGGAACGCCGCCGCCUAUCCCAGUGUCGAGAGGAAGAUGAAGAUGACGAGAAAAAAGAACCUGAACUAGCGCUUCCUUCAUUAUCCUCCGAUAGCGCUUCACAUAGUAGUAUGGGAAAUACAUCAAAAAAUCACAAAUCUAGAGAUUUACUUGACAACACGCAUCACAAUGAUAAAGUAAAUUCGAUUGAAAUUUUGUCUGAAAGUCGAGACACCUCGGGAGAAGUAGUUGGUCCACCAAAACGGACAGUAAUGGGUGCUCGUCACAAAUUUUUAGUCACGACUGCGGAACCUCCGCCACCUUCUGCCAUCGUAGAAAAAGCGCUCCGAUCACAAGUCCACAAUGCGCAUACCGUACAUUUUGGCACCAAGGGAGCGGAAGAGAUAAGGCCUAGUGUGCGCUCUAUUUUCGCUGGCCAGAAUCUCCAUCAUGAUAAGAAAUAUUUCGAUAGCAGUCUCAUAGAAAUUAGAUCUACGGUGGAUGAAUCACCAACGAGUUCUGAAGAUAUAUGGGUUAAGAGAAGUGAAGAAAAAGAAAAGGACGAGUCGAGUAACACGAGAGAAUCAGUGAAAGAUGGCAAUAUCGUUUCGCCUGCCUCUAUCAGACGAAAAUCACAAAUGCGUGAUCGCUCCGGUACGUGGGGCUACCAGGGAACCCGAUUUGAGAAAGAACCCGCGAAGAAAGCACAAUUUCGCAAAGACAAGGACGUCCGGCGCAGUAGUGACGACAGGCGGCAAAAACGAGAGCAACGGCUGGAUGCGGCGAUCACGCGCAGCACGCAGUCGGUCGGGGAGCGCAAGCGGCGCGGCUCGCAGGACGACGGCCAGCCUCACCCCAUGUACCAGCAGACCAUACACGGUACAACCGGGGUGAGCCGCAGGCCGGCACUGUUUGACAUCUUCAAGGCGAAGCCCCGCGGCGACAGCAAGAAGCAGCCUUCCAUCAUAAAGCAAGUGAAGGCUGCUGUGCAGAUCAUAACGAAGACUACCCCGAGCAAAGACGCGAGUAAACCAGAAGAGGCAAAGACGGAGGCAGGCCCGUCGGCGCCCGGCACGCCCGCGGUCAAGGCGCGCGACGGCUCCGCGCACCCGCACCCCGGCAGCGACACUAGGUACUACCACACCGUGACUGCGUCAGCCACGAGGCGGCCGAGCGCGAUGACCAAGAUGAUGGACAUCUUCCGCGGCCGAGCGUCCGUGCCCGGCCAGGCGGUGCCGCUAGAUGGCGCUGAAAAGAAGAAAGCGAGGACGCUACAACAGCAGCAGCAUUUUGCCGGACAUUUGCGACGCGCGGCAUCACAGGAGGCCGAGAAGCGAAGAGCGUCGCUCGGCAAUGUAACCACUCGCCACCGCGCCUCAGACGCCUUCUUAGACCCGCACCACGCGGCUAUACUGUUCCGAGAUUCCAGAGGGUUACCAGUCGCAGAUCCGUUUUUGGAAAAAGUCAGUCUUUCAGACUUAGAAGAGGACGAGUCUCAGAUCUUCGUGAAGUUCUUCAAGUUUCAUAAAUGCUACGACCUCAUCCCCACAUCCGCCAAGCUUGUGGUAUUCGACACUCAGUUGCUUGUCAAGAAGGCAUUCUUCGCGCUCGUCUACAACGGCGUCCGCGCGGCGCCGCUGUGGGACUCUCAGAAGCAGAAGUUCAUCGGCAUGCUGACCAUCACGGACUUCAUCAAAAUCCUGCAAAUGUACUAUACCAGCCCCGACGUGGCCAUGGAGGAGCUCGAGGAGCACCGCCUCGACACCUGGACACAGGUUCUAAAAGGCUCGUCUCUGGUGUCAAUCGGGCCCGACUCGUCGCUGUACGACGCCAUCCGCAUCCUCAUCUCCAACCGCAUCCACAGGCUGCCGGUCAUCGACCCCGAAACCGGCAACGUGCUCUACAUACUGACACAUAAGAGGAUAUUGAGAUUCCUUUUCCUUUACAUAAAUGAGUUGCCGAAGCCGUCGUACCUGCAGUGCUUGGUGCGCGAGCUGCAGAUCGGCACGCUGCGCGACAUCGAGACGGCCACGGAGGACACAUCCAUCAUCGACGCGCUCAGCAAGUUCGUCAACCGGCGCGUGUCCGCGCUGCCGCUCGUCGACGCCGACGGCCGCCUCAAGGACAUCUACGCCAAGUUCGAUGUCAUUAAUUUAGCUGCAGAAAAAACUUACAAUAACUUAGAUGUGUCCCUCAAGACGGCAAACGAACAUCGAAACGAGUGGUUCGAAGGUGUUCAGAAAUGUACGCUGGAUGAAACGCUAUACGAGGUCAUGGAAAGGAUAGUGCGGGCCGAGGUGCAUCGUUUAGUAGUCGUAAAUGAGGAGGACAAAGUAGUUGGCAUUAUAUCCCUUUCGGAUUUGCUAAUGUAUCUCGUCUUGAGGCCUACGGGCGAGUGCGGCGGCAGUGGCACUAGCCUGCGCAAUGAACAGUCUAUCGAAGAACAAGACGAAAUCAAUGGUCGGGAGGCAAACUGCAAUAAGCCCACUGACAUCGCCGUGGAAGUGGAACAAGUGGAGCCUGGCGGAGGGAGCGACAACGAGCCGGCCGGCGCCGAUGUGGGCCCCGACGCCGAAGCCGACGCCGACGCCGACGCCGACGCCGACGCCGUUGGUCGAAGCCGACAUCGGACCGAGCUGCAUUGAACGCCAGCAUCAGUAAAGCCAAUGUGAUUUAUUUUCAUGUAGUUAGCUUAAGUUUCGUACUGUGAGAGGCAGCGCUUCUGACUGCAAUUGUCGAGCGGUGAUGAAUUUUUACAAAACGGUUGUGAUUUGAGGUCAAAUUAUUAUCGAUUGUAUCUAUUUGACAGUUGCUUAUGAUGGUCGCUCAUCUUCAUUACGUUUUUGAUACAAAUAGUUUACCCUUUACUAAUAAAAAAAUGUAUUUAUGUGUAUACGAACAAUAUAUAAAUUUAACAAUGA